AUGCAGAUUGAACACCGUCAAGACUGGACCCUCGCCUGUCAUGAAAGGUUAUUUCAGACCGAGGAAUAUCACAUGCAGUUACAUAAGGACUCCUGGCUUUCGAAGGUGAUUUACAAAGACUGGUUGGUGAAGGAAUUCCAGGACAUUCACUGCGCCCGAUGCAGGGCCUGCUGUAGAUCCAUCAAACUUCAGACGAUGGGCGAGGCUGCUCUCACCAGCCACGCAGGAGGAGCUGGCCACAAAGCGGCAGUCCGCAAGCUGAGGGAAGCAGAAGAUGUGAUGCUGAUAAAUGCCGCUGGGCAGACCAACGGCAGCAUGGAGCUGACUGAGGACAGCAAGGAGCAAGUGGCCCUCUGCCUCCAGCGGGACACCUUGGACAGAAUAACGGGCAGCGACUGGUCCAAUCUGAACCACAGACCCACGAUAAACUCCGCCUCCCACAAUGCUGCAGAGCUCCAGGAUGUGACAUUUCCCACCGCCUACUUGACAGUCCCAGGCACCUCCCAGGUCAUCAGCCAGCGUCUGCACCUGCCGGCGGGCGGCAAGGCAGAGGGAGCGACCCGCCGGUCGUCUCAGCACGACCCCGCAGACCUGUCGAGACAGGAGCACCAGCAGAGAGCGGACGCUCUGGAGCAGCAGCAGCAGAUGAAGAUCCUGGAGUGGGAGAACCGGAUGAAGGUCCUGGCGUGGGAGCAGGAGCUGGUGAGGGAGAAGAGGCGAGCGGCACGGCAAAAGAUGAAGGCCUUCCGGAUGAAGAAGAGCUACUACAGAGCCAAGCUAAAGAGGAUGGGCGAGGACGUGCCGGCGUCUUCCAGCAGCAGCAGUGACGAAGAGGCAAAGACGUAUGGACCGUCGGGAUGAACUGCUCCACAUUUGUUACUUCUUGGAUUUUCCCGUCUGUGUGCCAUGCUAUUUUUUUACACAUCAUCUAUUUGAAUUAAAUACGCAAAGAGAGGGAGAAAUGUACUUUCCCCGUGUAAAAAUUCUCCGGUUUGGGUGUGGUUGAAAGCACAAGUGACAUUACUUGAAUUACAGACGACUCAAAAGUACAACUGUAGCUCUUUGAAGAAUGUUACAUUAUUCCAAAUGAUCAAACCACCACCGUUUCUGUUUAAAUAAGCUUUUAAAAACAUUUAAAAAAGAUAUUCAACAUUAACCAAAUGAGUUCAGGACAACACUUCCUUCAAGAUGUGGUAAUAACAGACUUAUACACAGAAUCCGUACACGGAAAUGCUAAAAACUUUGUAAAGCACAUAGAAAAAGGGUUGAGAUCAAAAUCACAAUGUACCUGUUUAGUUUUAUCUGUCAUUUAAUCAGAUGUUCUUCAGUAUUCAAAACGAGAUUUUCAUUGGUUUUUAAGUUUGGUGGUAUCUGUAAAGGUCAUCGGCCAUUUCUGAGGAAAACAUGUCAUUUUAAAGAAUGUAUUGCGAUUACAUCCAAUCACUGCAGGUGUAGAUUUUGACCUACAUAGCUUCUUUUGCAUGCUAACAUGAGUAUGUACGCUUCAAUUAUCAGUCUUUGCUUUAAAAAUAAAUUUGUAUUUGGCUCAAA